AUGUUUAACCUCCGCCGACUUCUCGCCAGCGCCUUGCUGCUGGUGGGUUUAAGUGUCAUCUGCUUCUCCCAGACGGCCGCCGCCACCAAGGGACCUAAGAUCACCCACAAGGUCUACUUCGAUAUUACACACGGUGAUGAGCCUCUAGGCCGAAUUGUCAUGGGUCUCUACGGCAAGACCGUCCCCAAGACCACCGAGAACUUCCGAGCUCUUGCUACCGGCGAGAAGGGCUUCGGUUACGAAGGAUCUACUUUCCACCGAGUUAUCAAGCAGUUCAUGAUCCAAGGAGGUGACUUCACCAAGGGUGAUGGCACUGGUGGCAAGUCGAUUUACGGUGAGAAGUUCCCCGACGAGAACUUCAAGCUAAAGCACUCCAAGGAGGGUCUUCUCUCCAUGGCGAACGCUGGCAAGGACACCAAUGGAUCUCAGUUCUCAUCACCACCGUGGCUGGAUGGCCGACACGUUGUAUUCGGUGAAGUGUUGGAGGGCAUGGACAUUGUCAAGAAGAUUGAGAAUGUCAAGACUAAGCCCGGCGACAAGCCAGAGAAGGAAAUCAAGAUUGCCAAGAGCGGAGAGCUCGAGGUGCCGCCUGAAGAUAAUCAAGGAGAAUCCGAAUGGGCUUCGGGACAUUCAACCGAACAGGAGAAACCUGUAGUUGACGAGACUGCUGCUCUCUCUGCUGAAUGGUCCGUUUUCCAGAAGGCUCUCCUUUUCGGUGUUAUUCUCGCUGCUAUCGCCUUCUACAUUCGCCUAUCAAAGAAGAGAGGUGACCGGGACGACAUUGCCUACGAGAAGACAAUGGCUUAG